AUGGACCAGAUUAAAACACUCCUCAACAUGGCCCUGUCCCCAUUCCAACGCACCUCACAACCAGCCCCUCCAGACCUACCCCUCCGCAUAGUCACCCACAACAUCCGCUACGCAACCACCUCCCCAGCAAGAGGCGAAAAGCCCUGGCCAACCCGCCGUCCGCUCCUCACCACCCAGCUAGCCCAGCUAGCCUCCACCGCGCCCGCCGGUGCCAUCGUCCUCCUCAACAUGCAAGAGGUCCUCGACCGCCAGCUCGGCGACAUCAGGGAGGACCUCGGCGCCGACUGGGCGCACGUGGGCGUCGGGCGCGACGACGGCGCCGCCGCCGGCGAGUACAACCCGAUCCUGUACCGGCCGGCGCAGGCGCGCCUGCUGCACUCCCAGACCGCGUGGUUGUCGCCGACGCCGGCGGUGCCGUCGUUUGGGUGGGGGGCCGGGAGCAGGCGGGUCGUCACGGCGGCGGUGUUUGAGCAGGUCGGCGGUGAUGGGCGCCGGUUCAUUGCUGCCAAUACGCACCUUGAUAAUGUCAGCUCUGAGGCGAGGGAGAAGGGCGUUGGGGUCGUGCUUGAGACGAUUGAGGCGCUGAGGGAGGCGUGGGGACCGCUUGCGGUGGUGCUGACGGGGGACUUCAAUUCGUCGCCGGGGGAGGAUGCUUAUCGGGCGAUGGAGGGAAGCGGGCGCGCGGAGGACUUGUACACUGCGGCUGGCUCGGAAAGGCGGUUUGGUCCGUAUGAGACGUAUACGGGUUUCUCCCCGGACGAUACGCCGACACGGAUCGACUUUAUAUGGUUGGGUCCGCCGGCAGAGAAAUUGUGGGUGGUAGACAGAUAUGAGGUGCUUUCGAAUACCCGGGAUGACGUCUUCCUGAGCGACCAUAGGGCAGUUGUCGGGGAUCUCCGGAUUGUGGCAUGA